AUGCCUUUGUCAAGGUGGGAUGUUGACCCUGCCUUACGGGAGCCGUCAUGUGAUUUCCAGUACAUUGGCAACUAUGCCAUGGGUGAAACCAUUGGGAAGGGAAGUUUUGGAAAGGUGAAGAAGGGUCAUCACCUCCCGACUGGGGAGACGGUCGCCAUAAAGAUACUGAAUCGUAUCAAGUUGAAGAGUGCCAAAAUGGACCAAAAAAUCUAUCGCGAGAUAAAGAUACUCAAACUUUUUUCUCACCCCAAUAUUUGUCGGCUCUACGAGGUUAUCUCAACCCCCACCGACAUUUAUCUCAUUAUGGAAUAUGUUGAAGGUGGCGAGUUGUACAGCCACAUUGUAAAGAAGGAGGUGUUGACGGAAGAUGAAAGUCGUUACAUCUUGCAGCAAAUUGUUUGCGCGCUGGAGUACUGUCAUCAUUUUCUUGUCGUACAUAGGGAUCUCAAACCGGAAAACAUUUUACUGGGGCCUGGGCUGCAGGUAAAACUCAUUGAUUUUGGACUUGCCAAUAUUAUGAAGGAUGGUGAAUUCUUGGCAACUUCGUGUGGAUCGCCAAACUAUGCCGCGCCGGAGGUCAUUUCCGGUAAGUUGUACUUUGGCCCCGAGGUGGAUGUGUGGUCGUGCGGGGUUAUUCUAUACGCCAUGUUGUGCGGGUAUCUCCCGUUUGACGAGGACAGUAUUCCACUUCUUUUCUCCAAAAUCAAGAAGGGGCGAUAUAUUAUUCCUCGUCAUGUUUCGCAUGGUGCACGUGAGCUGAUUGAGCAGAUUUUAGUUGUUGACCCGCUUAUGCGUCUCACGAUUCCACAGAUUCGCGACAAUGUGUGGUUUAACGUGCAUCUUCCCAUGCGUCUUUCGUAUAAUGAAACAAUAUUUUUAACAAGGGAAAAGCGUAUCUCGCCAAAGACGGCAAGUCGUGCGGCGAAGAUUCUUGGUAUGCGGGACCGAGAUGUGCGCAGUGAGAUUGAAGAGGGCAGUGGUGCUGGCUUUGUUGCCUACAGCAUUCUUCUGGAUGCAGAGCGAGGGAAACAGAUCAUCGCGGAAGCAGCCCCGUUUGCGGUAGAAGAUGACAUGAACGGUGGCUCAAAUCGUCUGAUAACACAUGUAUCCAAGGCAACAGAACGUGAACUUAACCUUGGACUCCUGCUCACGCAGAGCCCUGCCAUGGAAACACUCCUAGAAGCUGGUGAUGCCGCCGCUAACAAGCGUGCCUACAACUGCGGUAACUUUGUUCCGGCGUCCGUACAAGAGACGAAAUUGUUGUCACUCUCCUUGCAUACACCUGCCUCGAACGGCAAUUUUAGCAUUUCAAAGCGGCCGGACUCCCUUACAGAGGCAUCUAACCCGUUCGGCUCCAGUAUUAUUGGAAGUAGCAGUAGUAUACCCCGCCCGUCCGUUCUUUCCGCCAGCAAACGCCCCGGAUCAGGCAAUGCGCUUGCCGCAAGCUUGAGUGAUCGUCAACAUGUUGGGUCCGUUGCGAAGUCUCACGUGAUUUACACAAAGGAUGAGGAGGACUUUAUUGUUCGGAACAACUUUGGCUGGCGUAUUGGGUUAAUGAGCGACUUCAACGCCGCCGUCUCACAAAAUGUCCUUUACGGCACGCUAAGAGCCUUUGAGAUGGAGUGGAAAGUACUGGCGCCAUUUCGUCUGCUGGUCCGCACGACGCCGAGGACGUGGGCCAAAAUUGGUUUAGCUCCAACAAAGUCGCCGCCGACACCGCUGACGAUAGAUAUCUUGGAAGACGCCAAUGACAAUGGUGCAAACCCAACAACGAACGCUCUCACUGCCACUAUUCCACAAGUGGUUGUAGCCCUGUAUUUGUUUCGUAUUCAGGAGAAGCAUGACAAGGGUUAUCUAGUGGACUUCAGCGUAGUGAAGGGUGCACUUCUCGCUCUCGAUGUUGUGCUGCGCCUUUCAGCGACACUUGUUCAUCGCAUGGGAUGA